AUGGCUAAGGACAUCGAUUCCUGGCAGCCAUAUGAUGCAUCCCACCAAGGUGAGUCGGAAGGCUUACCUCGGUAUCUUGAGGAUCCAGCUGCAAGAGCAACCGACGCAUCUGCUGUGGUGGACUACCUCCAACGCCUCGAUUACGUCGACUCCAACCGCAUUGGCGUUGUCGGUAUCUGCGCAGGCGGCGGAUACGCCGUCGCCGCUGCCAAAGGUGACCACCGGUUCAAGGCUGUCGCCGUCGUCGGGGCUGUCAGCAUGGGUCAUGGCGUCCGUCUGGGAAGAAGCGGUACGGAUGACCCUGCCGAAAAAGUUGGCGUGCUGGACCACGUCGCGCAGGCCGUGCGGGCUGAGGCGGAUGGAGAGGAAGCCGUCACCAUCCCGAUUGUGUCCCCGACCUUGGACGAAAACCCAACAAAGGACGCUCGAGAUACAUACGAGUACUACCUCACACCACGGGCACAGCAUCCGAACUCGCCAAACAAGAUGCUCCUUCGGUCCAUGCAGCUACUCAUGAGUUUCGAUCCGUGGCACUUGGCGGAUAUCUACCUCACCCAGCCAGUGCUCAUGAUUGCGGGCGAGAAGGCAAGCACGAGGUGGCAUACAGAGAUGCUCUUUAAGGUCCUUGACGGCAAGAAUAAAGGGUUGAAGAAGGUUAUCUUGCCUGAUGGUGGACACAUUGACCUUUACGACCAGGAGGAUUAUGUUAAUCCGGCUGUGAAUGAGAUCGCCGGAUUUCUCAACCAGGCAAUCUAG